GUUAUCAUCGCCUUGAUGCACGAUCAACCGAGUAACACCAUAUCUUUCCGGUCGUACAAAACCAAAUAAUUCUCCAUCCGAUACGUGCUUCUCUGAAUUGGCAAACGACUUCCAAAACUGGAGAUGCUUUCAGUUUUAAACUUUGUCAAAUUAUUGUUUUAAUUUGUAAUUUAUACCGACGAGUUACUGAAAAUCUAGAGAAAGCGGAUCUGAAACUGGUGUUCAUAUAUCUGAGCUGAAAUAAGCGAUAUCUCGACAACAAGUUGCUAAGACAAAUGUAUUUCUUACACGUCGAAAAUUGAAAUAUUACAUAUGACGCACAUUGUAUUCACACCGGAUGAGUGAAGCCACUUCUGUCGCUUGGAUCAACACAUUCAUGGAAAAUCACUUGGAGAUUCGCAGAUGUGAUCGUAUCGUGGUCAUCGCAGGCGAACUGCCUGCUUAAGCAGAUAUGACCGGGUUACAACAUCAAGGAGCGAUCACCAUGUGUUAUAAAUAAGCCCAUCAAUGGAAGAAAACAGGGAAAGAAUCACCGACCACACCGACCACAGCGCUGAAUUUGAAACUCUUUCUUGCUUUUUGAUCUCCAAAGACAAUAAAGCCAGGCGAUGGAUGAUUCAGCUGAUAAAAUGGCCAUGGUUCGAACGUAUAAGCAUGUCGGUUAUACUCAUCAAUUGUCUGACAUUAGCGAUGUAUAAUCCGCUGGAUAAGGACUGCAAAUCUACCCGGUGCCAAGUUCUGGAAAAUGUGGAAAUUAUCGUCUUUGCUUUCUUUUCGGCUGAGAUGAUAAUAAAGAUGAUAGCGAUGGGUGUUACUGGCAAGAAAGGUUAUUUACAAGACAAAUGGAAUCGCUUGGACUGCUUCAUUGUCAUCAUUGGGGUGAUCGAGAAAGCCGUCGUCCGAGUCAAUGGGAAUUAUCUCACUAUUAUUCGGGCCUUUAGAGUUCUGAGACCUCUUCGAGCUAUCAACAAAGUCCCAAGUAUCCGUAUCUUGGUGACUCUCCUUCUCGAUACCCUUCCAAUGCUGGGGAAUGUUCUCCUCUUGUCUUUUCUGAUAUUUUUUGUGUUCGGGAUUAUCGGAGUGCAGUUAUGGCAGGGAAAACUGAGAAACAGAUGCUUCACUGAGUUUCCUGAGAAUUCAACCUUUCUCACCAGAUAUAACAAGUCGCAAUUUUACCAACCAUCGUUCAGCAAUCCAGAUUUCGUCUGCUCCCUUUCAAAAGAUUACGGAACGCGUCUGUGUUCUGAUAUCGAACCAAAAGAAGAAAAUGUGUCCACAAAAUGCCCUGAUUCGUCUGGAAACGUCUCCGCUGAGAUAAAGCGAGUCACUUUCAACUGGAGUCAGUAUUACAACAAAUGUAAAACAAGUGAUCAAAACCCAUUCUAUAACACAACAUCGUUUGAUAAUAUCGGUAUUGCAUGGAUCGCCAUAUUUCAGGUGAUCACUUUGGAGGGAUGGUCAGAUAUCAUGUAUUUUGUCCAAGAUGCUCACAGCUUUUGGAACUGGAUCUAUUUUGUUGUCCUCAUAGUGAUGGGCUCUUUCUUUCUUGUUAACUUGUGCCUGGUCGUAAUCACCAUGCAGUUCCAAGAAACCAAAGCUCGUGAGAUAGAACUGAUGGAAAACAGCAAAGGCGAACAAUCGCUUGAGUCACCAAAACUGCUAAAAACCUUAAUGAAGUAUUUACAACAUUUUUGCAAUUGCAAACCGCAGGAAAAAGAACACGUGCAUCAUCAUCAUCAUCACUUUUAUCAUCAUCAUCAUUUUCACCAUCAUUUGUAUAAUUGCUUUGUUCCCCCCUCUCCAGUUAUUGGAACUGAUCACGAGGCCGCAGCAGGUGAUCCCAGCUUUUUCCCUGAUACGACCAAUUUUCCAAAAAUUCAGGUCGAGGCUGAAGAAACGACCUGUUCCCACUCCUGUGUUGAAGAAUCUCCGAUUUUGCAAGAUUUUCUAGCACCACCUUUCACUAGACAAUCUUCUAGAAGAAGUUCCAGAACCUCUAUCUGUUCGCAUGCUCUUUCAAUCCACGCUGAAACGUCUUCAGCAGUUUCCAUCGAAGAAAUUGUUACACAAGCGAAGACAAGCGUAACGUUAAAUAUCCCUUCAUCACCAGUGGCAACUUUCUUCGCGUUCUCGUCAGACAACAAUGCAAGCAGGAAAAACUCAACUCAGUCUAGGAAAAGGGAAUUUUCCGCGUCCACGUUGACAUCAGCAGAAAUUAAUCCACAUCAUGCACGCACAAGUACGUCGCAGAGUGAAGACGUUUUUUCAAAGACAAGUAAAGAAGCCACGGAGUCUUCAAUUCAGCGAAAAGAUAAAGAGCCUUUGAAAUAUCGUCGAUUCAGCCAGCCUGCACAUGCUAAGUUAGCUCGCACCCCGGCAUCUGAGAUUUCUUUCCAACCUUCUAAAAGUUUGGAGACCAAAGAAGCUGAUGAUUACAGAGAUGUUGAAGCAAACCCGGAAAUGGUAAACUUCGAUGUUAUAUCUUCGUUAGAAAGUGACUUAGAGAAAAGCGAUGCGACCCAGGACCCACCAUCAAAUGAUUUAGUCUCGACCAGUCAGGCCAAUGAUUGCCAAAUCGAUGAUACAGUGAAUACAACGCUAAAAAGACCCUCAUUAAAACGCCGAGAUAUUCCCGCUCAGAGUGAAGAUGACAUGUUCGAAAGCCUGUUGAACUUAAGACAAAGUGCGACUUAUGAUGUCACAGGGAAUCACAGCGCAUGGCGGAAGUUAAGAAUCAUCUGCAGAAAGACAAUCGAGAGCAAACAGUUUACUAUUUCCAUCAUGGGCGCCAUCUUGUUGAACAUGAUUUGUAUGGGUCUGGAGCAUUACGAACAGCCUGAUAGACUAACUGUUGCCCUUGAGAACAUAAACAUCAUUUUUGUUUCCAUUUUUGGUAUUGAAAUGGUUAUUAAGUUGCUUGGUUAUGGUGUGACCUCAUAUCUAAGCGAGGGUCAAAACGUGUUUGAUGGACUCAUCGUUACUGUCAGUGUAUGUGAAAUCCUACUCACCAAGGAUGCGUCCCUUUCGAUAUUUCGUAGUAUCCGGUUACUCCGGAUCUUCAAACUGGUCAGACCGGUUCGAUACCAGUUGCUAGUUGUUGUCAAAACUAUGACGAGUGUGAUGACGUUUUUCGGAUUGCUGUUUCUGUUCAUAUUCGCGUUUGCUAUCCUUGGGAUGAACUUGUUUGGUGGAAAGUUCAUAUUUAAGAACGCCGAGGGAAAGCAAGUAACCUCCCGAAGUAAUUUUGACGACUUUUUGUGGGCUAUGGUGACAGUGUUUCAGAUCCUCACUCAAGAGAACUGGAAUCUCGUGAUGUACGAUGGAAUGCGCGCCACAAGCCAUUGGGCAGCCUUGUAUUUCAUAGCACUGAUGGCUGUCGGGUACUAUGUAUUAUUUAACGUGCUGGUUGCUAUCCUCGUGGAGGGAUUCACAAAUUCAGGGAAACGUAAAACUACGCCAAAGAAUGAACCAGGAGCAUCAAAGAACGAAGAUGCACCCAAACCAGCCUUUAAAGAAGUUGAAAAGCCUCAUAUUUUAAUAUCUUGUAAAGAUUCUGAGGAGUCUUGCCCCGGGCAUUAUCAAGAGGAACCAGUUCCAGAAUUCUGCAGUCAUGGCGUGAGAAACGCGUUGGGGUCGACAUUUCAACUGAGGUCGAACUACACGCCGAGUCUCUCGUUAGCAACGUUAGAGCCAUUACAGGACAAGAAACCCCCAACUGCUGCUCAACCGACAGAAGCGAACAUGACCAUGCCGCAAUUAAAGCGCAUGCGCCAGGCGUCAGCGUCAAUUAUACGAAAAACUGGGCAAAUGGCUCACAGCACGGACUGGCGUCAUGACGAACCCAUCUUCUCGGUGCAUAAUAGAGGCUUUCUCGGUGACGAUAUGGAAACCAGAGGCAAGUUACAUCUUGAGGUCUCUGAAAGAGAAAGAUGCAACAAAGCUGGUGGUAAAACACUUGAGGAAAUUGUGUCUCCGACCAUGGCUUGCAGUUUGUCAUUUCCAAAUCAAUCGGAAGGAACAACAUCGUAUCAAUCUCGACCGGAGUCACCCCACAUGAUCUUUCAAAACAAUAGCAGCGAUGAGAUGUACCAACCACGAGAAUGUCAUCUUCCCGAAGCUCAGGAGUGUACAAAGAAAGUUAACAAGAUAACACGGAAAAGAUCUGACUGGUCUUUGUUUCUGUUCUCUCCCUCAAAUAGCUUCCGUCGCGCUGUUAUGGCUGUGUGUGAACACAAGUAUUUUGACUACGUGGUGCUAGCUUUUAUCUUGAUAAGCUGCGUGGUACUGGCACUAGAGGAGCCUAACAUUCCACGAAAUAGUAAGAAACGCCAAAUAAUCGACAUCGCGAUGCAUAUAUUGACAGUCAUCUUCACUAUUGAAAUGUUAAUGAAGAUCAUAGCCCAAGGCUUUCUUCUGGGUGCUGGUACCUACCUAAAGGACGGUUGGAAUAUCCUGGAUGGGAUACUUGUACUUUUCUCCUGGAUUGACGUCAUCAUUACGUACAGCCCUGCCGAUGCACCAGAAGUACUUGGAGCUCUCAAAGUCUUCCGUGCGUUAAGGACUCUAAGACCUCUGAGAAUGAUUCGCCGAGCCCCAGGACUAAAGCUGGUCGUUCAAACUCUAUUAUUCUCUUUGAAACCGAUUGGAAACACGGUCCUCAUUGCUGCCAUUUUCUUCGUAAUGUUUGGAAUCUUAGGGGUCCAGAUCUUUAAGGGAACGUUUUAUCAUUGCGAAGGAGACAGCGAAGUGAAGGACAAGAAGGACUGUAGAGGAGAAGGUUGCUGGCAAAACCGCAUGUACAACUUCGACAACUUAUUUAAUGCUUUGAUAUCCCUUUUCGUGUUUUCCACGCGCGAUGGAUGGGUAGAAAUUAUGCACCAUGGUAUCGACGCUGUUGGAAUAGACAAACAGCCCAUCAAGAACUACCGUGAAUGGAGACUUGCGUAUUUCAUUCCUUUCCUGAUGUUAGGAGGUUUUCUUGUUCUUAACAUGAUUGUGGGGGUCGUUGUGGAGAAUUUUCAGCGUUGUCGAGAAAGACUAGAGGACGAAGAGCAACAAAGGAGACGGAGGAAAUUGCUCGAGAAGGCGAGAGAUAAGAACCAGGAAGAAGUUGACCGAACAUAUUAUGAGAGUUACAGUCCUUGGCGACGCCACAUUCAUGACAUGUGUCUUCACCUGUACUGGGACGUGGCCAUCGCCAUUGUGAUUUGCUUAAAUGUCCUCUGCAUGUCUCUGGAGCACUACCAGAUGUCCAAGGCGUUCCAAAGAUUUGUAGACACCGCAAAUUAUUUUUUCGCUGCCGUCUUUGUUUUAGAAGUGAUCUUUAAAUUCAUUGCGUUUGGAUUCGUGCGAUUUUUUAAGGAUCGGUGGAAUAUUAUUGACCUGGUAAUUGUGAUUCUCUCACUGACGGGGAUACUUAUCCAAUCCUUGCGCACCACCAAAGCGCUAGGCGCCAAAGUGCCGAUCAAUCCCACGGUUGCACGAUCUCUGAGAGUACUGCGAAUUAUCCGAGUACUCAAGCUCGUAAAACUAGCAAAAGGAGUUCGUUCGCUGCUGGACACUUUGUUCGAGGCUCUUCCUCAGGUCGCAAAUCUUGGGCUGUUAUUUCUGCUUUUAUUUUUUAUCUACGCCUGUCUGGGUAUCCAACUUUUUGGAAAAUUAGACUGCACUCGCUCGUCAUGUCAAGGACUCGGUCCGCAUGCGCACUUCAAGGAUUUUGGCACUGCAAUGCUGACUUUAUUUAGGAUAGCAACAGGAGAUAAUUGGAAUGGAAUAUUGGAGGACGCUUUACGUUUGAGUUGCGGCGAGUCAGCAGAGUGUGUCAGCCGAUACAUAGCACAGCUGUUUUUUGUGACGUUUGUACUGGCGGCGCAGUUUGUACUGGUCAAUGUUGUCAUAGCUGUUCUUAUGAAGCAUCUGAAAGAAUCUAAGGAGAAGAUUGCUGCAAAUAUGGCCGCCAAGGACUUGGAAAAGAAAUUGAAACUUUUGACCACAACAGCGAAGAAUUUUAUCCUGGCUAAAGCUAAGAAAAACGAUCUGUCUAUCUCGCGGCGACGUUCCAUAGUACAGAUCGGCUUAGGAGGAAUAGAACUCACUCAGCUCAAACAUGGCACCCCUAUGAAAAACAUUGAUUCGUCUUUCCGUGCAGAGUUUGCAAAGGCCGAUGCGAUUUUUCAAGAAUUUUUGCUUUUACAUGAAAAUCUGCAAAAAGUUAAAAUGACCAUCUGCCGCACUGCGUCGCAUAACAUUGAAGUGACGCCAGCCCCGGUUACGCCAUCUCUUCGUCAAAGGUGUAAUAGCUUCUGCGGUGUUAGGGAGCUUCACAGCUCAGAAUAUGAUUUAGGGAAAUUUACUGUAUACAAAUCUGGAGCCAAGCUGUAACCUAAUACUGUUGUGUGUGUGAUUGGGGAAAAUUUUAAAUGCUGGAUAGACUAAAGGUCUUUAACCCUCUGAGUGAAUCAAAUGAAACUCCAAUAUGGAAAAAUAAAUUAUUCGUAUUUAUUUUCAGUGGAUAAAAUAUUUAAUUUUUGCCAGGAUAUUAACUAAAAUAGCCAAAAAUAUAUCUUAAGAAUGAAAAAUUGUAGAAUAACAAUUUUAAAUCAUGAUAUUUUUACAAAAUUCUUUGAUAGGUGUGAGUGUCACGUUAAAAUGUGUACAUAAACCAACCAGCAAUGUAUACAGUUGAAAUAAACAUGGAUUAAGUGAC